AGAAAUAAAAAGAGUAUGAUAGUGAGUGACUCAGUGAAUGAGAUUGGACUCUUUCUUGACAAAAUUGGUUUGUCAAUUGUCCCACAAAUUAGGAUUUUGUCAAAUACCAGCACAAAUUAAAUCUAUCUUAAAUAUGGAGAUAUAAUACUAGUUCAUAACUGCCCACCAAUAAGGUGACCAAAGUGCAUUUAAUCUGCCGAAAACGACGAACAAGUUCUUCCAUAAUCAUUAAUCACAGAUAAUUAAAAAGUUUGUUGAGGCUCCAACUUCAGCACCAUCAUUAUCAUCAUCUUUUAUAUAAGGGUUUGUACAAUUCUCCACAUAAGUUCAAUCUUUGAUUUCUGAUCUCCAAUUUUUUAUUGAGGGAAAAUGGUGAAGAAGAAAGUGUUGAUUCCUGCUGAUGAAGUUGACUUGACGACAGUAAAAUAUCAGUAUGACCAAAUUGUAGCUCCACAUAUCACGGGAGCAGUACUGGGAUUAUUUGUUACCAUGGCUGAAGCUCCUGUCAUAGGUCCUCUUAUUAUUUCAUACCUGAGAAAGCAAAAUAAUAUGGUUGAGCUACUGAAGAAUACUGUCAUUCCAGAAAGUCCCAUGUAUAAACCCGAGUUCCCUCCCCAAGAAAUGGAGCAAGAUGUUACUGUUAUUGAAGAAACUGGCUCCCCCGAGGAUCGUGUAGCAGAAGCCCUGAAGUGUCUCCCGGAAUACGACCCUGCAGGCUGUUGGGAUGAUGAUUUAGAAACAUCAUUUCGUUAUUGGCAGAUCCGUGAUUUUUCAUAUGCUUAUCGUGCCAGGCUUGCAACCCCAUCCAUGGUUGCUGAGAAAAUAAUCUCGUUCUUGGAGGAGUUUGAUAAUGCAAAUCCCACUACCCCAUUACUAGUUUCCUGUGAUGCUGAGGAUAUAAGGAAGCAGGCAGCUGCUUCAACUCAAAGAUUUGAAGAAGGAAAUCCUAUAUCAGUUUUGGAUGGAAUUUUUAUGGCAAUCAAGGAUGACAUAGAUUGUUAUCCUCAUCCGACUAAGGGUGGUACAACAUGGUUUCAUGAAGUUCGCCCUGUAAAGAAGGAUGCAGUUUCUGUUUCCAGGCUGCGCAGUUGUGGUGUAAUUUUGAUUGGGAAGGCAAACAUGCAUGAAUUUGGUCUUGGGACAACUGGAAACAAUGCUAAUUAUGGAACAACAAGAAAUCCACACGCACAUGAUAGGUACACUGGUGGAUCUUCAUCAGGCCCAGCUGCACUUGUAGCUUCUGGACUAUGUUCAGCUUCUCUUGGGACAGAUGGUGGAGGAUCAAUUCGCAUUCCUUCAUCCCUCUGCGGGGUAGUGGGCUUGAAAACGACAUAUGGAAGAACUGAUAUGAGAGGGUCAUUGUGUGGUUCAGGGACUGUGGAAAUUUCUGGCCCAAUGGCAUCAUCAGUUGAGGAUGUUAUGCUUGUGUAUGCAGCGAUACUGGGUUCCUCACCUGCUGAUAGAAUUAGCCUGAAACCUUCACCACCUUGCUUACCCAAUCUGAGAUCUGAAGCCCGACUCAGUACUGUAGGGUCAUUGCGACUUGGGAAGUAUACAGAGUGGUUCAACGAUGUGUAUUCCCCAGAAAUCUCUCAGAAGUGCGAGGAUGCUUUGAACUGGCUUUCAGAAACCUAUAAUUGCCAAACAGUGGAAAUUACUAUCCCCGAGCUGAAUGAGAUGCGCACUGCACAUGUAGUUUCAAUUGGAUCUGAAGGCCUAUGCUCACUAAAUCCAUAUUGCGAAGAAGGGAGAGGUUCAAAGUUGACAUAUGAUACCCGCACAAAUUUGGCGCUUUUCCGUUCACUUUCAGCUACAGACUACAUUGCAGCCCAGCAGAUUAGGCGAAGGAUGAUGAACUACCACAUGCAGGCCUUCAAGAAGGCGGACGUCAUUGUGACACCAACCACCGGCAUGACAGCACCACUUAUACCCGCCAGCGCUCUUAAAUCCGGAGAGACAAACUUGGUGGUUUCAGGUUAUCUAAUGCGCUUUAUUGUGGGUGCAAAUCUUCUUGGCCUCCCAGCCAUUUCCAUUCCGAUUGGUUAUGACAAGCAGGGACUACCGAUUGGCUUACAACUUAUAGGGCGUCCAUGGAGUGAAGCAACACUUUUACGUUUGGCAUCUGUAAUCGAGGUAUCGUAUGGGAUAACCAAGAAGAAACCAGCUUUGUACUUUGAUAUAUUGAACCAAUAAAAUUACUCUACUUUCCAGAGGAUACAAUAUACUUUAUAUACAUACAUUACAUCAUCUUGGGAUUUAAGACUUAAAGAGUGUGUGUUCUUAUUACUUCUUAUCCAUUGCUUUGUCGGUACAAGAUUCAUGUACACUAUACAUAUAUUGCUUUCUUUUUCAUUUCUUCCUUUCAAGUACGUUAUAUGAUGUAUUAGGAUGAAUUAAAUUGUGUCAUUAUUUUAUGUCUUGAGUAAUUUCAUUAUUAUUUCUUACA